AUGCGAAACAAGGAAAUGAUCCACUUGAUUCUUAUAGGACUCCUCCCCUUGGCUCUUGCUCAAGUCACCGUAAUCGGUAAUUUGGCUGUCGUCGCUAGUCCAGAAUCCCACGUCGGCACACCCAAUAAGACACUUUACGCUACUAUUCCCAAUUUGUGGUGUGCCGCCCAGAAACUUGGAGAACAUGUCGACGUGGAAUACGGGGAGUUCACGAGGCUUUCCGAUGGAAAAGUGUUUCCAGGCACUGUAAAUCAGGGAAAAGUGUAUCUGGAAAUCGGCAAGGUGUCUGUCAGGGUUGCUGGAAGAUAUCGAUGUGAAGUUCGGACGCUGGACAAAGAAAUUCAUAGUGGCAACCUGAUCAUCUAUUUGCCGCCAGUGCUUGACUUUCCAACUGCUGUACGAGUUUCCGAGGUUCUGAAUGCCAGACCGCCUCAUGUCAUUGGAGCGGAGAGAAAGGGGCUUCAUGGAGAAAGAAUGGUGCUGGAAUGCCCAAUUCUGGCGAACCCCGAACCAAUGGUGAGAUGGGACAAGAACGGGGAGCCUCUUGGAAACUCGGAGAACAUCGAGUACGAUGGAAACAACUUGAUUCUCACCCAGCUCACGGAAGAACACGCUGGAAAGUAUCGAUGCACUGGAGACAACUCAUUCCCAUUGUUUGUAGAUGGACCUUCUAUUCCACAUCAGUUGUAUUUUGACCAAGACAUGAAAGUUGUUUAG